CCCCCUUUCCCGCCCCUCCUCCCUCGCCGCUCGCCCGCUCCCCCCUCGCCCGGGCGAGCAACGGCGAGCGAGGAGGGGGUCGCCCCACGAGCCCCCCCCGCGCGUUUCUGCUCGCACACGCCUCCCCCCCCUCGGGGGCGCUGGCCUCACGGGCCGGGCGGCGGCGCUGCGCCGGCGCGUGCAUGAGGAUUCCGACGCCAGCAUACUGGAGAAGGUCUUUCAGCAGAUCGAGCAGCAGGAGCUGAGCCUCGGGGAGGCGGCCGGGGCGCUGCGGGGCGCCUUCGCGGGGCGCGGCGCGCCGGAGGGCUCCCCCGCGCGGUCGCGGACGCCCUCGCCGGAGGCGCAGCGCACUCCGUCGCCCCGGGCCGUCCCCGCGCCCACGGCAGGCUGCCAGCUCUGCGAGGUGCUGACUCUCCAGGUGCAGGCGCUGGCCGAGUCGCAGGAGGCCUUGGCCGAGUCGCUCGCCGGCCUCGGGGCCUCGAUAGUCACCUGGGCCGCCGCGGCGGUCCCAGAGCACCGGGGCGAGCUGGCGGGGCUGAUCCUGGGCUCCUCCAGACGACGUCGAUGUCGUCGGCUCGGCGGAGCUGUGCGCCGAGCUGCAGGGCCUGGCCGCUCGGGCUCGCGCAGUCGCCCCUGGCAAGGCGCCCCCGCGCCGGCCGCCGCCGCGGCGGCCCUCCCCGCCGGCGCGGCGGCCGGAGCGGGCUGCGCCGGUGGAGUGCGACGUGGUGGGCCGGGGGCGGGCCGCCUCCGUCGCGGAGGGCGCGGUGGUGCGGGUGCUGGAGGACUUCCGCUCCAGCGCCGAGGGCUCGCCGCAGCUCCGGCGCGGGCAGUGCGGCAGGGUGCUCCGGUUCGACGAGGACGGGGACGCCCUCAUCCGGUUCGACGGCGUCGGCCAGCAGAGGCAGUGGGUGCUCAAGGUAGACCUGGGCAAGCUGCAGGUGGUGCAGGACGUGCAGGAGGACCCCGGCGAGCAGCGCCAGCAGGCUCCCGAAGACGCGGAGAUGCUGCAGCGUAGCCGCGAUGCCUUAGCGAGCUUGUGCAAACUGGGCUACAAGGAGGACCACCCCGUGUUCGUGGCGGCCCGCGACGACGUGGAGCAGGAGAAGCUCCGCGUGCGGCUGUUCGCCUUCUUGGCCGCCUCCGGUGCCCUGGGGGUGGGCGAGCGGACGAGCAGGAGGGGCCGGCCCGGCUUCUGCUACCCGCUCCAUCUCGCCGUGGAGGCCAACGACCCUGGCGCCGUCGCCGCGCUGCUGUGGGGCGGGGCGGACCGGAGGCUCGUGGACUCCGACGGCCUCACCGCGCUGGACCUGGCGCGCGAGGUUGACGACCGCGGCUCGCACGCCGCCGUGAUCGCCGCCCUGCUGCGCGCGCCGCCGGCCAGGGCGCCGUGAGCGGCGGGCGGGCGAGAGCAAGAAAUGAAUGGCCGGGUGCGCAGUCGUGCGGCGGGCGCCGCGCCGUCCCAAACGGGGGCGCGAGCCGAUGGGCCGCGGGGCCGGUGCGCACCCCCAUGCAGGGGGCCGAGCGGAGGCUCCGGGCGGAGGCUCGGGGCGGCCUCGGCGCCGGCGGUGGAGCAGAGAGCCAGGGUUCGAUGAAACAAAUCCUUCACCCUGCCAAGUCGAUGAGCGAAUUUGUCCUUUUGCGGUUCCCCGGAGGGUGUGGCAGUCGCAAGUGUUGCGGGCCUGCAAUGGCUGGAUCUGGUCCCGCGUCGUUUUUGCUGAGGGGUGCUUUGCUACAGGGGAUUCUGUUCACCCCCCGAAUGGUCACCCCCCUUGGCCGUGCCUGGGGGCCGGAAGGGGCGGAGGCCAGACGUCGGCGAUGCGCA